CUUUAGACAACCCGAGAAUUUCAACCAUUUUCUUCAAAUUCAAAAUUCGAAAGGAGAGAGAGAGAGAGAGAGAGAAUGUCUUCAUCGGUAUCUGGGAAUAUGAAGGGCUUCUACAAGCAGAAGAAAAACACCAAUCUCACCACCACCGCCAAAUCAUCCAAGUCCAUAAAACCUCCAACUCACGCCUCCACUUCACCAUCCCUCAACACCAACCCAGAUCUCCAAGAUGAACACAACGGCAGCGAGGCUGUGCUUCGACAAUUUGACAUGAACAUGAAGUAUGGGCCUUGUAUGGGGAUGACGAGGCUGGCACGCUUGGAGCGUGCUGUGAAGCUUGGUUUGAACCCUCCGGAGGAAAUCGCGGAACUCUUGAAGAGUGGUAAAGUUCAGCAAGAAUCACUUUGGGACACUCGCAUUUAGAACGCUGCUUAAAUGUAAUAAUCUUGUUGUAGCUUCUUCUGACUUGUUUGUUUGUUUAGGUUUUGCUUAGGGAAAAUCACUUUCUUGCUGUGUCCCCUUUCCCUGGUAGUAGUAGUAGUAUGUUUUCUUAUGUGACUCGAUAUCUUGUUGUUCUGUUCUGUUCUGUUCUUAUGCUGUUAAUUGUGCAAUUGAUACAUGCUGUUUGAGGGAGUAAAUUCGAAGUCGGAUACUUGUAUUUCAUGAUUAUUGACAAGAAAUGAAAUUGAAAAAGAGGAAUAUAAAUGGCCCUCCAAUGCAUAUGAA